AUGCCGCUGUGGCAGAUCUACCACCCGCCCAACAUCUUCACCGAUGACGCUACGAAACAAUCCUUCGCAAAGGACAUUACAAAGAUCUACACGGGGUUCGGCCUACCCGCCUUCUACGUGGUGGUCCAGUUCAUCUCCAUAGAGAAUGAAAACGUGUUCGUUGGCGGGAGAACCAGAACGUCUCAUUUGGACACGGACAAGCCCUUUGUCCGUGUCGUCAUCACCCACAUCGCGGUCCACGUCCCCGAAGCCGACGACGCGUACACACGGGUCACGUCGCGGUUGGACGAGGUUAUGAAACCCCAUCUAUUGGAUCGCGGGUACGACGUUGAGUACCAUGUUGACGAGACGGAGCGUCGGCUGUGGAAGAUCAAUGGCUUGGUUCCGCCGCCGCAUAAAAGUGCCGAGGAGCAGAUCUGGGUUCAGGAGAAUCGGGCUAUGCCGUAUCCUUUGGCUGUUCCGACUACGUCUAUUUCGGACUGA